AUGGGAAAGGGGUGAGGUUGAGUCAAGAAUUUUCCUAAAACCUCAAAGCAGACUAAAAAAAGUCAUAAAGACCCUAAAAAGUCUGGGAAACCCAAAGUAACUCCAUCUGCCCCAAAUGUCCUUCCAUCUAUCCCAAAUAACCCAACAAGUUUCCCAUUAUCUAAUAAUCCCAAUGUUCUUGCCCAGCCCUCUAAAUCUUCUGAGAAGCCUUUCUAUUUGUCCGAGAUUCAAGCUGAUUCAAAUCAAGAUUUCGAGGAUUCAGAAGAACAGGAAUUUCUGCUAAGGCCUUGCCCUGAGAUGAAAAGAAGUCAAACAAACUCAAAAACUUCAAAAAGCAAAAUUCCUACAACCCAGAAAUCAAAACAAAGCUCCAACCUUAAAGGAGAAGACCAUGAAGAAAACUCUCUCCCUAAAUCCACUCAAUCAGAUACAGAGGAUCUUUUCAACGAUGACAGGAUUUCUAAAGAUUCCUCAGAAUAUAUUCACUCUGAAGACGAUUUCCAUGAAGACAAAUCCCCAAAUAAAUCACCUUUAUAUCCAAACACUCCUCCUAAGACCCCUCCUGUAUCUUCCUUACAGCCUCCUUUGCCUAUGUCCUCUUCUGAGACUCCUGAGGUUCAGAAACCAGCAGAAAAAUUUAAAAAGCUAGAAGAAAGUUCUCGAAAUUCUGAUAGAACUAUACCUUACAAUGGUUCUCCUGUAACUGACAAUAAUAAAUUGGAGGAAGAAAAGAAAGAAAAUGAUCAGAUGCUCAAAGAACUUUAUGAUGAAUUUCAACAAAAAAGCCAAUCUACUCCUCCUAUAUCUUGAAAUCUUUCUAAAACUCCUCAAUAUAAAGAAAUUGACCAAGCUGAUGAGGAAAGUGAUAAAAGCAUCCCUGCUUCAGAGAGUAAUAGUCAAGCAAAUACCAGAGAAGAUCAGAACAAAAGCAUAAAAUCUGAGAAACAGGUUAAGACUCUUGAAAAAUCUGAUAUUACCACUAAUUUGUUAAAAGAAAUGAAUUUCUCUCCAAAGACAGAUCACCCCAUGACUCUCCAAAGGACUCAGAACUAGAAAGCAAAAAUAAGCCACUUGCUUCUGAAAAAGAUGAGAUUGAAAGUAACAAAAAAAUUGUGCUGGAAGAAGAGGACAAAGAAGAGACCAAGAAAGUAUCUAAAAGGAAAAGAACCAUCAAGAUUGAUCAAGAAAGACAAAAUAAGUCCAACAAACGUCAAAAAAUAAAUGAAGAGCCGGAAAAUGAAGCCU